AGAACAUUUUUAUUGUUCUUGGCUGCAUGGAUCUUGACCUUGCAUUAAGGAUGGAUCGUCCUGCUUCUCUUACGGAUACUAGUACCUCCGAGCAAAGGAGGAUUUAUGAGAAGUGGGACCGUUCAAACCGCAUGAGUCUUAUGAUCAUUAAGCGCGGCAUACCUGAGGCUUUUAGGGGUGCGGUGUCCGAGGAGGUCACCGAUGCCACAACUUUCCUUGCUGAAAUUGAGAAGCGCUUUGCAAAAAGCGAUAAGGCGGAAACAAGUACUCUUUUAAAGAAACUUAUUUCCAUGAAGUUUAAGGGCAAGGAAAAUAUAAGGGAGUACAUUAUGGAAAUGUCUCACCUUGCUUCAAAGUUGAAGGCACUAAAGCUUGAGCUUUCGGAUGACUUGCUUGUGCAUUUAGUGCUUAUCUCUCUUCCUCCACAAUUCAGUCAAUUUAAGGUCAGUUACAACUGCCAAAGGGAGAAGUGGACUCUUAAUGAGCUCAUUUCAUUUUGUGUUCAAGAGGAAGAAAGAUUGAAGCAAGAAAAGACUGAAAGUGCUCAUUUGGCAAGCACCUCUAAGGAUAAGGGCAAGAAAAGAAAGAAUGAGGCUGCUAAGGAUAAAGGUCCUGCACAUAAGAAACAAACUCAAACCAACAGUGAUGAUGGUUGUUUCUUUUGCAACAUGAAAGGACACAUGAAGAAGGAAUGUGCUAAGUAUAUUGCAUGGCGAGCAAAGAAAGGGUUGCCUGAGUUACCGAAAGCCAAAUGAUGCUGAAAGAAGCAUUUACGUGGGAGAUGGCAAGUCGGUAAAUGUGGAAGCAAUAGGGCAUUUUAGGUUGGUGUUAAGUAUUGGUUACUAUUUGGACUUAAUAGAUACUUUUGUUGUACCGUCUUUUAGACGGAAUUUGGUUUCUGUUUCUUGUUUGGACAAAUUGGGUUAUUGUUGUUCAUUUGGAAACAAUUGCUUUAGUUUAUCUAUUAAUUCAAAUACUGUUGGAACUGGUUCACUUAUGGUUUAUGACAACUUAUAUUUGCUUGA